CGCAAGUUCCCGCUUUCCCGCCUUUAGCUACACCCGGAAGCGCUCGCUGUGGUGCCCCUUUUACCUCACUGGGAAGGCGCUGUGUGUGUGUCUGUUUCCGUGCUUGGGCGGGACCUAUUAACACGGGUGUUUUAUUGUGUUUACUUUACCCACAUCGGCGCGAUGCUAUUGGGCAAAACGCUGCCUAUUUUUGCGGGGAUUGCCCUGCUGUCUAUAGGCAUAAUGGCGGCGGAGGACUGGUAUAAACAAGACUGGAGUUCACACUUACAAGAGUAUGCAAUUAUAGAUCCUCUGAAAAUACAGUCUAGAGCACAAACUGGGAAUGAGAAAGUUACAUACCUCAUAAGAACUGAAGGAAAGCCCCUUUUGCUCCGUUUAAAACAAAAGAGAGAAUCCGUCCUAUCCAAUAUGAAGGUAUUUACAUAUGGAAAAGACAACGAAUUGAUUGCAGAUGAACCAUACAUUCAGGACAGCUGCUACUACCAUGGUUAUGUGGAAGGAUACCCUGAAUCUUCAGUGUCACUCAGCAGCUGUGCAGGACUGAGGGGCUUUAUACAAUAUGAGAGUUUUAGUUACAGAAUUGAGCCACUAGACCCACACCGCACUUCAAAACAUAUAAUGUAUCGAUCAGAAGAUAGAGUUGGAAAUCUAGCAUGUGGACUGAAAUUGAAAAGUAAAGAACAUUCUCUUCAGUUGUCCUCUCCAGUUUCCCAUAAGAGUGAUGGACCGAUGUAUAUUGAAUUUGCUGUUGUGGUGUCAAACCAUUGGUAUCGUCAGAUGCAGAACAUAUCACAAAUAGUAUCAGAAAUAACUGAAAUGGUAAAUCUGCUGGAUGAUUCCAUCAACAUUCGUAUAGUUCUCAUCGCUAUUGAAGUGUGGACAAACGAAAACUUCUCAGUAGCAUCCAGCACUAGCGGAGAACAUAUCUUGGAAGACUUCAAUAAUUGGAAACAAAGAGAAUUUGUCCAUCGUGUUUUUAGUGAUAUGGAAGGAUUUGUAGCCGAAACUGCCCCAUCUGCUGGAAUGGGAUAUACAGGAAAUGCGUGCACAAAAUCAUUUAGUCAUUCUUUUGCUGUGUUUAAACACUUUGAUGUUGUUGAAAGGGCUCUGAUAUUUGCACACAACCUUGGACAUGCACUUGGAAUGGAGCACGAUGAUGUUAAUGAUGAAAGCUGUGAAAACUGCAUUAUGCAUUGCUGUGACAUGUAUAAUUUUAGUUUUAGUGAACAAUCCCAUAUUGCAGUAAUAGCUGAGGAUAUAAGUGGUAAGCUGCUGUGCUUGAAGAACGUACCUUCUGCAGAAUCAUUAGCAUCCAGUUCUGGGAAUUGGAUGCAUAGAAAAUAUUUCUACAAUAGCUAUAAAAAGCUCAUCUAUACCCUCCUUUUGCUGGAAUUCUUUCUGACAUUUAUCGAGAUAGUGUUUGUUGUUGGGUGAGACAGCUGUGUGAGGAAAACUGGUCGACUGAAGACUGUUUAAGUUGCUUGAUAUGAUCUUUUUUGUAUAUGGUUAAAUUUUAGCACAACAGUUGUUUCUUAUAAUCACCUGUAAAUAAAACAAUUAUUAUGCAUCAA